AGCUGCUGAUUGAAGUUAAGAUUAGUAAUGGAGUUAACUCCAAGAGGAAGAAAUCAAGGUCAUGUUGUGACUUUUGACAGAGAUGCAGAUUCAUUUGUGGAGGAAGAUAAAGAGCUUCAAUCUAAAUGGGCUGCUAUAGAGAAACUACCAACUUUCAAAAGGAUUAAAACUUCUUUUGUUGAUGAAAUCACUCAGGAGGAGAGUGGUAGUAGAUGGCAAAGAAGUAGUAGUAAAAGGGUUGUUGAUGUUACUAAACUUGGAGCUGUUGAUAAGCGUUUGUUUAUUGAUAAGCUCAUCAAGCAUAUUGAGAAUGAUAAUCUCAACUUGUUGCAGAAACUUAGAGAAAGGAUGGAAAGAGUGAAUGUGAAGUUACCUAGUGUGGAGGUAAGGUACAAGAACCUGAAUGUAGAAGCAGAAUGUGAGGUUGUUCAAGGGAAGCCACUUCCUACUCUAUGGAAUUCUUUUUCUAGCUUAUUUUCAGAUUUAGUGAAGACUAUAUCAUGCAGUUCUCAAGAAACCAAAUUGGGCAUUCUUAAAGAUGUCAGUGGCAUCAUAAAGCCGGCAAGGCUUACUCUUCUUCUGGGUCCACCUAGUUGUAGGAAAACUACCUUACUAAUGGCAUUGGCUGGAAAACUAGAUCAAUCUCUUGAGGUUUCUGGAGAAAUCUGUUACAAUGGUCACAGACUAGAUGAAUUUGUUCCUCAAAAAACAUCAGCUUACAUAAGCCAGUAUGACCUGCACAUUCCUGAGAUGACAAUCAGGGAAACUAUUGACUUCUCGGCACGUUGUCAGGGGAGAAAACCUAAAAAAGGACAUGUGCCAACUGCAACUGAUAUGCCAACUGCAAAUGAUAUGCCAACUGCAUCUGAUAUGCCUGCCCCAACUGCAACUGAUAUGACUGUUCCAACAAAUGUGCCUGUUCCAACUGAUCCACAACCUCCAACUGAUAUGCCUGUUCCAACUAUUAUGAGUCAAACAGGAUCUAGUGUGGCUGCCUCAAUCACAAAACAAUCCAGAAAAAGGGUUGAAAAAAAACCUAUCAUCAAAAGAAGGCAAAGUGAGAGGAUCAAGUUGAGUUGGUUUAAAAGACCCAUAACAGGUGAAGGAAUAUCUAGUGACAAACCAAUUACCCUACCAGAAAAUGAAGACAUACCCACUUCAAAAUGA